AUGAAAAAGUCCAGCUCUAAAUUCAGUGACAUGUUCAACAACACAAGUGCUUCAACACAAGAGCAAUCUCCGGUAAAUACCAACACUUUCACCGCUGAAGCAGUAGCUGAGCUUGUCCCUAUUGCGCUCCUGGUCACCAUUGCAAAUGGCGUGGUGCUCGUUUUAUUUACAAAGAAUACCAAGCUCCGAACAGCACCAAACUAUGUCCUUUUCAGCCUGGCAGUUUGUGACUUCAUGACAGGAAUCAUCAAUGUUCCCCUUUUCAUAAUUGUCGCGUUCACACCGGUUGUAAAGUCGCUUGAGGUUCGAUAUUACAUGGCCAUCCUGGUGAGUGUACUUAACAAUUUCACCGCCAUAUCAUCUUGUUAUCAUAUACUGGUCGCCACAACAGAGAAGUAUCUGUCAGUCGUCUGGCCAAUAAAACAUCGAUUGAUGACCAGAAGAACAGUCGCCAAAGUGGUGAAAGUAGUUUGGGCGUUGUCUUUCAUUGUGGCCUUUAGUCCCUUUGCAUGGGUGAAAAUGGAAGAUAGAGAAACCCAAGCAAGACUGACUUUAGGACAUGUCAUUUUUUGCCUCAUUGCCGUUUUCUUGUUGCCGUAUACAUUCAUGAUCUACGCUUUUAUCGUCAUUUUUAAAUCAAUUUCUGACAGAGGUAAAGCAAGACGAGGUGCCACUUUAGAGAGACCUUUCCUAAGCCGGCAAGCUGCUCUUGAAAAGCGAUGUUUGAUUUUGUUCGUUGCAAUGGCAACCGUCUUCCUUCUUUGUUGGUUACCAUGGUUUAUUUUGAUGUUGCUGUUCAAAGUAAAGAAGGACGUGAACUCCCUAGAAAUCCCAGCUCAUGUGUUUGUGCUCGUUAGAUAUGCUACUUCUAUUAUAAAUCCUGUAUUGUAUACUUUCUUCAGAAGAGACUUUAAGAAAGCACUACAUUCCUUAUGUUCAAACAGCAGAUUACGUUGUCUGACUACUUUGGAUCAUAAACCAAAUGGAUCUGAUACAAGGGAAAUAGAAACAGCUGAAGACGCUUUAUAA